AGAGAGAAACCCUUCGUUAAUCCUCCCCAGCCGACACCACCACCGCCACUACCCUCUCCCUCCCACCCCAACGUUUUAUUUUAUGCGCAUCCUUCAUUAUCAUUUCUUGCAGCUCCAUCUCUCCCACUCCUCCAUCCCCACAUGACCACGACGCCACGACCAUAGAAGAACCAGAGCUUUACGAUAUAUAAAGACGUCCUAGGGUUCUUGGGAUUGGUUGAUUCGGGUGUAAAUGCAAGGGAGGUGAAAGGGAGGCAGGCGGAGAGGUCUGGCCCGUCUGGGUCUGUUGAUUUCAAUGGCAGAUUGGAGUUUUAGGAAUUAGCUGGGGUUAUAAUAGGUAGAAAUGUUGUAUUCCGAAUUCCGUUUGUCUCACCUCCCACCUCCUACCUCAGGAAUACUAUUCUUCCAAAAUCAGGAAUCCAAUUCCAUUUUUCAAGUGGACCGCACCCAUUUUAAUUCCUCCAAAUUUUACUAAAUGCAAGAAUACCUGUAUCCGAAUCAUACUCCGACUUUUGAUUCUGAUUACAACACGUAAACACGCGCUAAAAGUAGGGGCGGCCAGGGUUUUAGGGUUUAUGGUUUGUGGGAACUAUGAUUAUUGACAUGGCUACUUGAACCCUAAACCCUGUCAGUUGAACAUCGAAUCGGCGACGGCAGCCUGUUCGACCGUUCUGGGGCUGUGACGUGAAGCAGAGGCCGGAAGGUAAAUCGACGAACCAACGAUGGAACUUUGCUUGGGAGAUGGCGGGGGUGAUAGCAACGCCCUCGUAUUGCCAGCUAAGAGAAACAAAAGGAAGGGCACCAAUCAGGAGUGUGGAAAACCCAGUAAAAGAAGAAAAGCACCAACGGUUAGCAAAUCCCAGCGGAGGAGGCUCAAGAAGUUGGAGGAGUGUGGAAAACCCAAUAAAACAAAAGCACCAACGGUUAGCAAAUCCCAGCAGAGGAAGCUGAAGAAGUUGGAGGAUGAGAAGGAAAAAGCCCUUUCAAUCUCCAAAAGCAUUGAGGCCUUAGAGAAAUACAAGCUUCCAGAGACUGUGUAUUCUCUUCUGCAGUCUUCGAAUAACAUUGGCAAGGUUGAGUCUAAAAAGGAGAAAUGUCAAAAGGGCGUACUAUUUUCCAAAGCUGGCUUUGAAGCUUUCGUGACUGACCCCCAUCCAUUUAACAAGAUAGAUAGUGACCAUACUUGUAGUGAAAGUGAACCUGAGGUAGAAAAAACCCAAUCAUGGCGGGAUAUUGGCAAGAAUGAUCAGGUGCAGUCGAAGAUAUUACAAAAAGAAAUCCAAAAGAAGACAACUUUUUCAUUGGACUCCUCUCAAGGUCAAGUUUGUGGCAGAGGGCAAGGCAUCAAUAGCGGAACUGCUGCUUCCUCGUCAGUUAUUGAAAAUGCUAUUAGCAACAAACUUGACAUGUCUUUGCGACCUUGUGGCAGAGGGCAAGGCAUCAAUAACGGAACUGCUGCUUCCUCGUCAGUUAUUGAAAAUGCUAAUAGCAACAAACUUGACAUGUCUUUGCGACCUUGUGGCAGAGGGCAAGGCAUCAAUAGCGGAACUGCUGCUUCCUCGUCAGUUAUUGAAAAUGCUAUUAGCAACAAACUUGACAUGUCUUUGCAACAAGACACAAACAUUUCUCCCCCUUCAUGUGUGAAUGGUGAUAGUGAAAAAUCGAAGAUGGACCACGUAAAAGAGAUGCCAAAAGCAAACAUCAGCAGGGUGAGUAAAUCAUCAAUUUCUCCUGCACCGAGGCCUCUUAUUUCCCCAACCAUAGUGCAUGUAUCAAGGCCUGAGGAAGUUGAAAACACAAGGAAGGAUCUUCCUAUAAUAAUGAUGGAGCAGGAGGUAAUGGAGGCUGUUAAUGACAAUUCCACUGUUAUUAUAUGUGGAGAGACUGGCUGUGGUAAAACCACCCAAGUUCCUCAGUUUCUUUUUGAAGCUGGCUUUGGUUCUAGCUCCUCUUCUGCACGAAGUGGUAUAAUUGGUGUUACUCAACCUCGCCGUGUUGCAGUCCUUGCUACUGCUAAGCGUGUGGCAUAUGAGCUUGGUCUUCAUUUAGGUAAAGAGGUUGGGUUUCAAGUUAGGUAUGACAAAAGGAUUGGUGAAAGUUGCUCCAUCAAAUUCAUGACCGAUGGAAUAUUACUACGGGAACUUCAGAAUGACUUUUUGUUGAAGCGAUACUCUGUCAUAAUUCUUGAUGAGGCUCAUGAGCGGAGCUUGAACACCGACAUACUUAUUGGAAUGCUUUCACGUGUAAUUCGUACUCGUGAGGAAAGAUAUGCAGAGCAGCAAAUGGAAAUGCAUUUGGGAAGAACAAUAAGUCCUGAUCAACGGAUAUUUCCAUUGAAACUUGUUCUGAUGAGUGCCACCUUGCGAGUGGAAGACUUCAUUUCUGGUAAAAAGCUUUUUCAUGAUCCCCCACCGGUUAUAGAAGUUCCCACCAGACAAUUUCCUGUAUCCAUUCACUUCUCAAAGAGAACUAAGGAAAAGGAUUAUAUUGAGCAAGCAUAUAAAAAAGUCUUGGCUAUUCACAAGAGGCUGCCACGCGGGGCCAUACUCGUCUUUGUCACUGGGCAGAGGGAAGUAGAAUACUUGUGUCAAAAACUACGUAGAGCUUCAAAGGCACCGAGUAUAAAAACAUCUAAAGGGGAUACCAGGAGUGAUGCCAGUGAAGUUUCUGAAAUAAAUUCUGCUGAGGAAAUAGACAUGAAGGAGAUUAAUGAAGCGUUUGAGGUUCAUGGAAGUUCAGCGGGCCAUCAAACUGAUAGAUUUAGCUCUUUUGAUGAAGAUCAGUAUGAUAUAGACGAGGAUGAGUUGGAUGCCUCGUAUGAUUCAGAAACAGGGAGCGAACUGGAAAGUUUUGGCGACGAUGGGGGCUCAUUGUUCCAUGAUAUCCCUGAAAGUGAUAGUAAUGUUGCUGAAGUUUUAGGAGAGGAGGGGGGAAUUGCUUCACUGAAGGCCGCUUUUGAAGCUUUAGCUGGAAAAACUUCUUUAAACUCCAACUCUGAUGCAAAAGAACCUAUUUCAGAUAUUGUAGACUCUUGCACGGGAAAAAAUAGUGGGUUUGAAGAUAAUAAUUCUCCUGGCACAUUGCAUGUUCUCCCUCUUUAUGCAAUGCUGCCUGCGGCCGCUCAACUUCGCGUAUUUGAAGAAGUCAAGGAAGGAGAACGUCUUGUUGUUGUGGCCACUAAUGUGGCUGAAACCUCUCUAACUAUACCUGGGAUAAAGUAUGUUGUCGAUACCGGAAAAGAGAAAGUGAAGAACUACAAUUCCUCAAGUGGCAUGGAAACAUAUGAAGUACAGUGGAUAAGUAAGGCAUCGGCUGCUCAACGUGCAGGAAGAGCUGGAAGAACGGGGCCUGGUCACUGUUACCGUCUGUAUUCUUCUGCAGCAUAUAGUAACAUAUUUCCUGACUUUUCUCUGGCUGAAAUAUCUAAGGUCCCUGUGGACGGUGUUGUCCUUCUCAUGAAAUCCAUGAAUAUUGAUAAGGUAUCCAAUUUUCCAUUUCCAACUCCUCCAGAUGGUGCUGCCUUGGAUGAAGCAGAGCGGUGCUUGAAGAUUCUUCAAGCACUCGACAAAGAUGGAAGACUGACACCUCUAGGGAGGGCCAUGGCUCAUUACCCCAUGAGUCCUCGCCACUCUAGGAUGCUCCUUACUGUUAUUCAAGUCUUGAGUAAGAAGAAGAGUUCUGGAGCUAAUUUAGUGCUAGCAUACGCAGUUGCAGCAGCUGCUGCUUUGAGUUUGUCAAAUCCUUUUGUCAGGCAGUUUGAAGAUAGCCACAAAGAAAGCCAUGACUUGAAUGAGAACGGGAACAUUAAAGUUAAAGACAAGCUAGGGAAGUUGGGGAGGAAGAAACUAAAAGAAACUGUGAAAAUGUUCCGGGAAAAAUUUUCUAAUCCCAGCAGUGAUGCUCUGUCCGUAGCUUUUGCUUUGCAGUGCUAUGAACUUGCAGAGAGGCCAGUGGAAUUCUGUAAUGCCAAUGGUCUACACCCGAAAACAAUGGAGGAAAUGUCCAAGCUGAGAAAGCAACUACUCCAGCUUGUCUUUAAUCAAAGUGGUGUUUCUGGUGGCGAGAAUGACUUGUCAUGGACUUUUGGAAGUAGGGAAGAUGUUGAACAUGUUUGGAGGGUUUCCCACAGUAAGAACCCUCUUUCGUUGUAUGAGGAAGAGCUCCUACGCCAAGCUAUAUGUGCUGGUUGGGCAGAUAGGGUUGCCAAACGCAUUAGAGGAAGUUCAGGGUCAUCUGAAGGAGAUAGAAAAGUCCAUGCAGUUCGAUAUCAAGCCUGCAUGCUUAAAGAUACAGUGUUUCUCCACCGUUGGUCAUCUGUUUCUAAUUCAGCCCCUGAGUAUCUGGUAUACAGCGAGUUAAUACAGACAAGACGUCCUUACAUGCAUGGUGUUACUAGUGUUAAAACAGAAUGGCUUGUUGAGUAUGGUCGGUCUCUGUGCACUUUCUCGGCACCCCCAAUGGAUACCAAACCUUACUAUGAGCCUCUAACUGACCGAGUAUUACAUUAUGUCAUUCCAGCCUUUGGUCCUCAUUUAUGGGAGCUUCCACUACAUACUGAUCCAAUUGAAGGCUAUAAAGACCGAGUGUCUGUUUUUGCUUAUGGUUUGCUGAACGGCCAGGUGUUGCCAUGUUUAAGAUCUGUUCUCGAGUCCAUGGCCGCCCCUCCUGCUACUGUUUUAAGGCCAGAGGCAGCAGGUCAAGCACGGGUAGGGAAUCUUUUGGCCAAGCUGAGAAUGAAGAAGAUAGACAGUUGUGCUAUGUUAAGAAAGGUCUGGAAGGAGAAUCCCAGUGAAUUGAAAACAGAAAUCCUAGACUGGUUUCAAGAGAGUUUCCGCUGCAAGUAUUUUGAAACUCUUUGGUCGCAAAUGCACAUUGAAGUUCUUUUAGAGCCUGAAGAACGAUUCCCCAAGACGUCGAGGAGAGUAAAAGUGAAAAGUUGAAGUGCUGGUUUGGGAGUUUGGCCAGCAUACUGACAUUGUUUCUUUCUACAUGCCAUGAUUCUGUGAAAAUGUGAAAAAUGACCAGAAGAAGGAAUGGAAUGAUCAGGAUCAGAAACCGUAUGGAUUUCCGCUCCACAUUCGUUCGCAAGCUACUUGAACAAUUCGGUUUAUAUAGUGCAUAUGUGCAGUUGGUUUACCAAUUAUUGUUCUUUUCUGGACAAUUAACUGAGGUGGUGAAGAAGCAAUUUUUAAAAGGUAAUUCAAGGGUUCACUUAUAUUUGAUGCCUAAUCAGGCUAACGUAGAGCCGUCUGAUAAGUUUGAUAAGUUUUUUGUGUACGAUCUCAAUGUCUAAUCUUCAAUCUUUAUUCUUUCUGUACAAAACGGGUAAGAAAUUAUUUCCAGAAUUAUCUAUGGCCAUUAUACUUA